AUGAGUGUGUGUGCGCAGGACUCGACGGAUUCGCACAUCGCCGAUGUGCUGGCGCGUGUGCAAGUGCAACGCAAGCACAUGGAAGCAGCGCAAGCUGUGCGAGGCCUGACAUCAAAUCAAGAUGUCAUCCGCAACGCCGAGGCCCAAAUACGAGACGCUCAGCGCAACAUCUCAUACCUCGAAGAGAGCUUGCGCCAAUUGCAAGAUAGGCGCGCAAGCUCUGGCACGCCUGGCAGGACGGAUAGCCCUGGUGGCGUGAGGCCAGGCGCUGGCACUUCGCAAGGCGGGCAGCCAGGUGGCCCUCAGCAAGGAUAUGCGUCCAGCACCCAUUCGACUGGGAACAACAGCAAUUCAUCCUUCACCUCGCCCUACGCAGCCGGUCCUGAAUCACGAAGACCAUAUCCCGGAGACAGCAGCAGCAGCUACGUCUCGUCCGCCAGCUCAGGCGGGUGGAAUCGCUUCGAGGACAGGCCCCUGCCUGCAGCUCCCGGCCACUCGGAAGGUGAGGGCUUUGGCUCUCCUGGUGGACAAGGAGAGUGGCGACCUGCGCCGAUCGGUCGCAUGGGCACCAGCGCAAAGAAGCAAUACACAAAUCUCGACCUCAUCAAGUACGACACGCCCCACACCACGGCCAAGAUCUCUAGAAUGCUUCAUCAGCUCGAGUUCAAGCUUCAGAUCGAAAAGCAAAUGAAAGUUGGUAUCGACAAGAUGGCCAAACUCUAUUCUAUGGAAGGUGAUCGCAAGAGCAAAAAUGACGCCGAGAGCAAGAGAGUGGAAAGUGAGAAGAAGCUGGUUCUACUCCAGCAAAGCCUGAAGCGCUACAAGCAACUGCACGUCAUGGAGGAGAGCGGGGAGGACGAGAUGCCCGGCUCCAUCGAAGACCGUAGGCAAAAGCUCCGAAAACCCCUUUCUGGUACGCUCCAAGUGUCCGUGCGCAGCGCACGAGACAUUGAUCAUGCGCCCAACGCGCGAAUGGGAAGAAGUGUACGGGAAUCGACUGUCGUGAUCAAGGUCGAAGAUACGCCACGAGCACGAACACAUCCAAGCCGCACGGACCGCUGGCAAGAAGACUUUGAAGUAGCGGUCGACAACGCCAACGAAAUCGAAGUGACGGUUUAUGACAGAGUUGGCUCUGCGCAUCCAGUCCCCGUUGGUAUGCUGUGGAUCAGGAUCAGUGACAUCGUGGAGGAGCUGCGCAAAAAGAAGUUUGGUCAAGUCUCGACCAUUGAUGGCGGCACGAAUGCGCCGGGAGGUUGGGGCACCGCAGAGGAUGUUGCAGCGGAAGGACCCGGUGCCAGAGGCUUUGGUGGUGUUGCCGGAGGCGGUGCAGGUAGCCUUCAGGAUGCCAGCUUCCAUCUAGGACCUGCCGGUGCCCAAGUGCCACUCGGCCCAACUCAGGAUGGUGUGGAAGCGUGGUUUGCGGUCGAACCUGCAGGCGCUAUCUUCUUGCGCCUGAACUUCAUCAAGCAAAACGUGCGCAAGCGUCCUUAUGAUGCGCGCCUAGGUCGUCAAGGUGCCGUGCGCAAACGAAAGGAGGACGUCGCAGAGAUCAAUGGACACAAGUUCAUCUCUAGACAGUUCUAUCAAAUUGUUCGUUGCGCUCUUUGCGGCGAGCUCCUCCUGAACGCCACCGGCUCGCAGUGUGAAGACUGUCGCUACACUUGCCACAAGAAGUGCGCACAGAAGGUCGUUACCAAGUGCAUCAGCAAGAGCAAUGCAGAGACGGAGCGCGAUGAGGUCAAGAUCAAGCAUCGCAUCCCUCAUCGAUUUGUGCCGUUGACAAAUAUCAGCGCGAACUGGUGUUGCCACUGCGGUUACAUCUUACCCCUGGGCCGCAAAAAUGCUCGCAAGUGCGCUGAAUGCGACAUCACCGCCCACAGUGACUGUGCGCACCUGGUCCCCGAUCUGUGCGGCAUGUCAAUGGAGCUGGCCAACCAGCUUUUGGCAGACAUGGAAGCUAUCGACCGCGUCAAGUCCUCAGCCAAGACGCAGCUGCCCUCAUCUCAACAGCAAUUUGGCGGUGGUCAGGCCAACGGAGGCCGCAUCGGAGCACCCAGACCCACCUUUGGUGGACCUGGCGCGCCUGAUGGACGCCUCACAGGCCUCGAGCAGCAGACAGCUCAGAUGGGACUUGGAGGCAGUCCUUACCCACAAGGCGCUGGCUACGGUGAUACCCCAGUGCAUGCCCAGCAUGCACAGGCGCAGUCGCAACAACCGACUCAAGCUGCGGCCUCGUUGCAUUCUCAGCACUUGGGCGUAUCACAGGCGGACGGUGGCCGCCCACCACAAAAAGCACAACAGCAGCCCCAAAGCUACCCCCAGCAAGCUCGACCACCUCAGGACGGGGUGCGUCCCCAGCCUUACGCCUCAGAGCAACCCGCUCAGGGUGUCAAGCCGCCACGUCCCCUACCUCAGCAGCCGCCGACCGGCGAUGGCAGGGUGCAGUCUAUUGCGCAGUCAGCAUCUUCUACGCAGGUCGCUGCUCCUGCGGCUGCCGGCGCCCACGCUCCCCGCCCUGUCAUCGCCCAAACGCCGUCUCAAGCGUCCAUCGCGACCAUCGGAGCCGCGCCAGCCCAAGCACCAGCAUACCCGCCUUCCUCCAAGCGCAAGAUUGGCCUCAAUGACUUCAACUUCUUGGCUGUGCUGGGUAAGGGUAACUUUGGUAAGGUCAUGCUGGCAGAAGAGAAGAGGAGCGGCUACCUUUACGCCAUCAAGGUGCUCAAGAAGGAAUUCAUCAUUGAGAACGAUGAAGUCGAAAGCACCAAGUCAGAGAAGCGCGUAUUUUUGGCAGCAGCCCGCGAGCGCCAUCCAUUCUUGCUGGGUCUUCACUCGUGCUUCCAGACAGAAACCCGCGUGUACUUCGUCAUGGAGUACGUCAGCGGUGGUGACUUGAUGCUUCACAUUCAGCGUGAACAGUUCACGCCAAGGCGGGCCAAGUUCUACGCUGCGGAGGUCCUUCUGGCGUUAGAAUACUUCCAUAAGCAAGGCAUCAUCUACCGUGAUCUCAAGCUUGACAACAUCUUGCUCACACUCGACGGUCACAUCAAGGUGGCGGACUAUGGUCUGUGCAAGGAAGACAUGUGGUACGGCAAGACAACCAGCACGUUCUGUGGUACCCCAGAAUUCAUGGCGCCAGAGAUCUUGCUCGAGCAAAGAUACGGACGCGCCGUCGAUUGGUGGGCCUUCGGUAUUCUCAUCUACGAGAUGCUGUUGGGACAAGCCCCCUUCCGUGGAGAUGAUGAGGAUGAAAUCUUUGACGCAAUUCUGGAAGACGAACCUUUGUAUCCGAUCCACAUGCCUCCCGACUCUGUGUCGAUUUUGCACAAGCUGCUCACGCGCGACCCUGCAAGGCGCCUCGGUUCUGGCGCAACGGACGCCGAAGAGAUCAAAGCGCACCCCUUCUUCCGUGACAUCAAUUGGGACGACAUGUUCCACAAGCGUGUGCCACCACCCUUCUGCCCCACGCUCAAAAAUCCAAGCGAUACGUCUUGGUUCGACUCCGAGUUUACGAGCGAGAAGCCGACGCUCACGCCAGUACACAGCGUCCUCAGCACUCAGGACCAAGCCGAAUUCAAGAGCUUUUCUUGGUGA